AUGCUCAGCCCACAGAAAGCUGGAAAGGAAGGGGUUUGUACAUAAAGGUCAUCUCAAAAUCGCUGAAAGCUGAAGAUGGAUAUUAAGCGUGUGAAGGACUAUAUCUAUUGGCUGUACUACCAGUACCUACUGAUCACCUGCAGCUACGUGCUGGAGCCCUGGGAGCGGUCCAUGUUCCACACCAUCACUGUGACUGUUUUCGCUAUGGUGGUGUACACGGCUUACGUCUUCGUCCCCAUCCAUGUCCGCUUGGCUUUUGAGUUCUUCUCCCAGAUAUUUGGAGGCCAGCCCGAAAGCACGGUUUCCAUCGUGAACUGA